AGAGAGAGCGCCUCCACGUUGCUUUGAAUGCCUCUUCCUCAUUCCACUGUCUAUAUAAACUCUGCCCCCUCCCCUCUCUCUCUACUGGUAGAUCCGAAAUCAAACCUCCAUUUGCAAAUCCCUUUUUUCUCUCUCUCUCUCUCUCUCUCUCUCUCUCUCUCUCUCUCUCUCUCUCUGUUGUACUAUAUAUAUAUAUAUAUAUGGAGGUUUACAGAGCUGAUGACGAUUACGAUUACUUGUUCAAAGUGGUGCUGAUAGGGGAUUCAGGGGUGGGCAAAUCGAACUUGCUCUCCAGGUUCACCAAGAACGAGUUCAAUCUCGAGUCCAAGUCCACCAUCGGCGUCGAGUUCGCCACUCGCACCAUUCGAGUCGACGACAGCAAGGUCGUCAAGGCCCAGAUUUGGGACACUGCCGGACAAGAAAGAUAUCGUGCAAUUACAAGUGCCUACUACCGAGGAGCUGUAGGUGCAUUGCUUGUUUAUGAUGUCACUAGGCAUGUCACGUUUGAGAAUGUAGAGAGAUGGUUAAAGGAACUUCGACAUCACACAGAUUCUGACAUUGUUAUCAUGCUUGUUGGAAACAAGGCAGAUUUGCGUCAUUUGCGUGCUGUCUCCACUGAGGAUGCCAAGGCAUUUGCUGAAAGAGAGAACACGUAUUUCAUGGAGACCUCCGCUCUAGAGUCCAUGAAUGUGGAAAAUGCCUUCACGGAAGUUCUUACUCAAAUAUAUCACGUUACCAGCAGGAAGGCCCUGGAUUCCGGGGAGGGUCCAGGAGCUUUGCCCAAGGGACAAACUAUUAAUGUUGGUGGCAAGGAUGAUGUAUCAGCUUUGAAAAAAGUCGGGUGCUGUUCAGUGUAGCAUAGAAGAAAAGAAAUUCCUGCCACAUUUUCUGAUUUUCACCAAAGGAGCUGCAAAUCCUAAUUGCCUUUGCAACAUGUUUGAAUAUGUUGAUUCUAUAAGCAAAACUUUAAUUGGAUGACAUAUCCUAAUUGUGGCACUCUGAACUUUCCCUAGCUCCGCAAAAGCUCCAAAGGAUCAGGAUCCAAGUCAUUAUCCUUUUUUCUCCAGUUUCUUCUUGUUUCGAUCUUUUUUCUGUCUGUAAUGUACUGUUAUAGUUCUUAGCUAGCCGUAGGUUAGUUCAUACUGGAUUGCUCAUGCUUGUAUCAAUGUGUUGAGGUAAUUUGAGUUUUGUAUUUGAUUAA